AUGACGCCUAAGAGUGUCGACACAGCUUGUCAAUUGCCACCUGCUAAACAUCAAAUUCACUGUCUGGCUGUCUCAAAUCUGGCUGCCCAAGAAACUUCAAUUCUCGUCUUAUAUUACGCCAUAUUUGAGGAUUUAGAGCAGAUGAUGCCCAUGUUCAUGCUCAUGUACAUGCCAGUGCCUGGGGAUUUUCUUCUUCCUAGGUUUCAAGACCAUGACUCGAUUGUCCUCUCCCUCAUCCCUACCCACAUUGUGUCUCAUUCUUUGUGGCUUUGUGUCCCGCUCAAGUCAUAA